AUGUCGUGGCCAGUAUACUAUACGGCAGCAGCCGUGCUACUGUUUCUACUUGUUGCUCAGAAAGCAAGGGCCGUGUUCAUAGCUGCUCGCUCUCCACUUUCCAAGAUCCCCGGACCAUGGUAUGCAUCAUGGACUACCAUGCAUCUACGAUAUGGCUUUGCAACAGGCAAGGUCUGGAAACUCGCAGAAUCUUCUCACAAGAAAUACGGAUCAAUCGUCCGCCUCGGCCCACGCCAGGUUUGGAUAUCAGACAAGGAAAGCAUGAAGAAGAUUCUUGUCUCUGUCGACUUGCCCAAAGUAGCUAUGUACGCUGAGAUCUCGCGUGACCGAUAUAAUCCAGGCUUGUUUGGUGAAAUUCGACCAGAACCUCACCGCAGACUAAAGAAGUUUCUCUCCCCCGCAUUCACAGUUGCCUACAUCGACAAACUCGAGGUGCUAUUCGACCAAUGUGUGCGAGAUCUCCUACAGAAAUACCAGUCAGCCUUAGACGAGGCCAAGACAGAGGAUGUGAAGCGUCCAGCUAUCGAAACUGAUUUCAUGGAGGAUUUGCACAACGUUGCUCUCGACAUUAUGGGCGAGUGCUCCUUUGGCAAAGGCUUCGGGCAAACAAAUCCAAAGAAAGAAGCAGUCAUCGGCGUUGAAGAAAAGAUCUGGAAGUCCAUUCCCAGAGCCAUCUUUGAUGGCCUUGCCAAACGCUACCAAAAUGUCUACUUCAAGCGCUUCUUCCGUGCCUUCGGUAUCAACGUCGAAAUGGACUGGCCUGCUCAGAUGAUCGUCGCCAUUGACAAGCUUGUCCAACGACGGAAGGACGUCGACGUUGAGAAGAAAAGACCAGAUCUUUUGCAACAUCUUAUUGACGAAGGCAAGAACCCUAGCAAUGAGACGAAAAUGUCUACCCGCCAGAUUGUGGACCAGAUGUCCGAGAUUCUGCUUGCCGGGUCUGAGACCACAUCUGGAACCAUCGCCUGUCUCUUCCUCGAGAUCGCUCGCAACCCGGAGGUCAAGAAGAAGUUGUUGGCCAGUCUCCCAGUCCGAAACAUUCACGAUCCGAUUAUCGACAGCAGAGAGAUCAGAAACGCUCACACCUAUCGGUAUCUAAAUGCGUGUAUCAAGGAGAACUUGAGACUGCAUCCCAUUGCGAGUGAGAUGGGCCGCAGAACCGGUAAAGAAUGGGUAACGUUGAUGGGCUACGACUUGCCACCGCAUACUGUCGUGAGCGCAAGCUAUAGAGAGCUGCACAGAAAUGGAGAGUUUUGGCCACAGCCAUUGAGAUUCUGGCCUGAGCGAUGGCUUGAGGGAGAUGAGAUGGAGGGUGCGCCGGAGCCGGACAUGGCAGCAUACUAUCCAUUCUCUGGAGGUAAACACUCUUGCAUUGGCAUCAACUUUGCUUGGGCUGAGAUGCGCAUGGUGGCUGCAAACUUCCUGUCCAGAUUUGACAUCGAUGAGGUUCCAGGCCAGGAUAUAGACUUCAGACAGUUUAUCACCAUGCAAUUCGCAACUGGAAACUGGAAGACCAUCAUCAGACAGAGAUCUGAGGAUAAUUAG